UAAAAACAGUGCGCAGUCUCUGUUUUGGAUAAAUUGAAGUUGGAUUAUUAUUUUUUUUUUAUUCGACAAGGACUGGUUCCAACUUCCAGUGGUUCACCGACCAAUGAUGACCACUUUUGUCUGAAUGUCUGAACGAAAACGUUGUUAGUAUUUUGGGUGGAUACAUACGUCAUUAUUGUACAUUUUGCAUGACGCACCCGGCUGUCAAAUACUUUAACAAUAAAUAAAAGUGAUAGUAACUCAUACUGGAGCAUCUGACGAUGUUCUAAUUUGUAUUUGAUAAUAAUUUAUUGAGCUUUAAAAGAAUUAUUUAAGCUGGUAUUAUUAUAUUUUGAAAAUUAGAUAUGGAGGACGAUCUUCCAACUGAGUAUGAUGUCGUUGUGGUUGGCACAGGAAUGACAGAAUCAAUUGUUGCAGCAGCUGCAAGUAGAAUUGGAAAAAAAGUAUUACAUCUUGAUAGCAAUGAAUAUUAUGGAGGUCUUUGGGCAACAUUUAAUUUUGAUGGUCUACAAAAAUGGAUACAAGAUUUAAAAUCAACAAGAUCAUCACAAAAUGAUGCUGAUAUUGAAAUUGAAGCUGGUGAAAAAUUUUUAAAAGUCAGUAAUCAAUAUUCAACUGUUGAAAAUAUUGAUGAAACAUGGCUAAUAUCAAAGGAUGAAGAUUUGCCUGCACUUUCAACAAAAGAAUCACAAACUGAGGUAACUGGUGAUGAACAAGAAAAUAAAACAACUGAUGAUAACAUUGAUAAUGCUGAAAAUAAAGAUCAUACAAAACAUUGGACAAUAGAACGUAUUAAAAAAGAAUAUAGAAAAUUUAAUAUUGAUUUAGCACCAAAAUUACUAUUUGCUCGUGGUGAACUUGUUGAAUUAUUAAUAUCAAGUAACAUAGCACGUUAUGCUGAAUUUCGUGCUGUAUCAAGAGUUGCAACAUUUAUGGAUGGUAAAUUAACACAAGUACCAUGUUCAAGAGCUGAUGUAUUUGCUAACAAAACAGUUAGUGUUAUUGAAAAAAGAAUGUUGAUGCAAUUACUUGUAUCAUGUAUGGAUCAAGGAGCUGAUAGUUCAGAAUUUGAUGGUUAUCGUGAUAAAACAUUUGUAGAAUAUUUAAAUACUAAAAAUUUAACACCAAUUGUUAAGCAUUAUGUUAUGCAAGCAAUUGCAAUGGCUACUGAUAAAACAUCAUGUCGUGAUGGUGUAACACGUACAAAACAUUUUCUUAAUAGUCUUGGUAGAUAUGGUAAUACACCAUUUUUAUGGCCAAUGUAUGGAAGUGGAGAAUUACCACAAUGUUUUUGUCGUUUAUGUGCUGUAUUUGGUGGUGUUUAUUGUUUAAAACGUCAACUUGAUGGAGUUGUUAUUGAUAAUGAAAAAUGUAAAGCAAUUAUAACAGGUAAACAAAGAUUAACAUUGGAACAUUUAGUUGUUGGUCAAGGACAUUUACCAUCAGAAAUUAUUGAUUCAACUGGUGAAAAUAAAAUAUCACGUGGUAUUUUCAUUACUGAUAGAUCAAUAAUGCAAGGUGAAAAAGAAAAUUUAACACUACUUUAUUGUCCACCUGAUGAAGCUGAACAAGAACCAGUUACAUUAAUUGAACUUGGUCCAUCAACAAAUGCAUGCCCACAAGGUUUAUUUAUGAUUCAUAUGACAUGUAAAAGAACUAAAACAGCUAAAGAAGAUUUAGCUUAUGUAGUUGAAAAAUUUCUUGGUAAUGAAGCUCCUGAACCAAAUGUUACAAAAUAUCCAAAUGAUAUGCAUACACAAACUGUUUCAUCAAAUAAAAAUGAUGAUCAAUAUAAUAAAAUUGAUAAUAAAGAUAAACAUGAUCCAAAACCACAUGUAUUAUGGUCAUUGUAUCUUAAUUUACCAGCAAGUGACAUUAAAUUAAAUAGUUCAGCACCAAAAAAUAUUCAUCUUUGUUCUGGACCAGAUCUUGAUCUUGAUUUUGAUUUUGCUGUUAAUCAGGCUAAAGAAAUAUUCAAGACAAUGUAUCCAGAUGAUGAUUUUCUUCCUCGUGCACCUGAUCCAGAAGAAAUUGUUUUGGAAGGGGACGAAGUUCCUGGUCCAAAAUUUGAUGAUAAUCCAACAGAAGAAGUGGAAAAAUAAUAAUAAAACGCUAAGGAUUUAUUUAUCAUUUGAAAUGAUAGAAAAAGAAAAAAAAGAAAAAAAACUUGACAUGAAAUUAUCAGUGUCAAUUGAUACUAGCAAUUUAAUAAUUGCUACCUAUUUGUCAAAAAUUUUAUUCAGCUUAAUAGGAAAAAGUAAAUAAUCAAUUCACUGCAUACGCAAAUAAUAUUUAAUAAUUAUUUAAUAUAAAGCUUUGAAUAAACAAUUUGCAAUUAAGAAAAAAAAGCAAACACUCUAAUAACAACACAAAUAUUUUUUAGAAUAAACUGCCUAAUAAUCAUACAUCUGCAUGUUAUGUACGUAAUCACAAAUGUAUAAUCAGUAAUUGAUCUUUUUUUAUAUAUAUCAUUGAUUUAAAAAUUUUCAUAAUCGCCGAAAGAUUGUUUUACUGCUCGAAUAGCCAAAUUUAAUUUAUUCUAAUAAUUUUAAUUUUUAACGUUAGACAAUAAUUAUUAUUUUUUCUAUCAAACGAGGCUGUGAACGAAAUUAAUUUUUUGGCUUUACAUAAAGAAAAAAGAAAAAAAAAAACAAUUACUGAUUGCAUUUAUUAAAUAUUCAAAAUGCAAAAAAAAAAAAUAAUAAUAAUUGUAUUUCACUAUGGAAAAAAAAGCGUAAUAGUAAAACUAAAAAAUAAUUUCUGUCUCGUAUUUAUAUUAUUCAUAUAAGAUUUAUAUAUUUAAUUAACAAAAAAAAAAGUGAAUGAUUUAUUUGAUAUUUAUUGGCUUAAAAAAUAAAAAUUAUCGUGGCUGUA